UCUGGCCUCAAUAAUAAAUUCGACAGGAAUAUUCAAUCGCUUUCGUGUGUUUUGGGCGUUCUUUCUUAGGGAGGUAGAGAGAGAGAGAGAGAGACGGAGGGGGGUUGGUCGCAUAUCCCUUUUGCCUUCUUCGUCUUGCGUCUAAGUGAUAAACCUCUCUCAUCUCUUGACAUCCGAAACCUCAUUAAACAAGCCCUUUGAUCUCCACAUAAUUUAUAUUUUCUAAUCUUUGUUUGUAUUGAACCGAUCACUGCCAUGGCCACCAGUGGAAACAAAAACACCAAUGCCAAAUUGGUGCUUCUUGGGGAUGUUGGAGCUGGAAAAUCUAGUCUGGUGUUGCGUUUUGUCAAAGGGCAGUUUGUUGAAUUUCAGGAAUCAACUAUAGGUGCUGCCUUUUUCUCACAAACAUUGGCCGUAAAUGAUGCAACCAUAAAAUUUGAAAUAUGGGAUACAGCAGGUCAAGAGAGAUACCAUAGCUUAGCUCCGAUGUACUACAGAGGAGCCGCAGCUGCAAUAGUUGUCUAUGAUAUAACAAAUCAGGCCUCAUUUGAUCGGGCAAAAAAGUGGGUUCAUGAGCUUCAAUCACAAGGUAACUCAAACAUGGUUGUGGCACUUGCUGGUAAUAAAGCCGAUUUGCUUGACGCAAGAAAGGUGGCAAUGGAGGCAACACAAGUAUAUGCACAGGAGAAUGGUCUUUUCUUCAUGGAAACCUCUGCAAAAACGGCAAGCAAUGUCAAUGACAUUUUCUAUGAACUAGCAAAGAGACUACCUCGAGUUCAGCCAGCACAGAACCCAUCGGGAAUGGUUCUUAUGGAUAGACCAGCGGAGAGGGCAGCAAGUACAUCAUGUUGCUCUUGAAGUUAUUCGGUAUUCUCUAACCGCUUCCUACCUGUAUCUUCUUCCUAGCUCUUGUUAUGAACACAAGGAAUUAUCGCUUGGUUCCCUAGUCUCUGUACCAUUCCUCCAGAACUGUACAGAAUGAUGAUCUAGAUUGUUAAUUUCCGAGCAGUGAAUGGUGUUUGAUAUCAGCUACUUCUCAUGUAAUGAAAAUGGUUUGACAUGCUUUUUGGUUGUGCUGUGGACUCGAUAUGAAGAAAUAAAACCUUGUUGGGUACAGAUUGUGAUGAAUGCAUUUUGAAUUUUAUAUGAA